CUUUCAUCGUUAUUGAUUCGUUAUGUUCUAGCCGGGUUCGGUUUUCGUUUUUCAGUUUUUUUUUUUUUUUUUUUUAAAUUAAUUUUCUAAAAUAAUUAUUUCAAAAUCUGGGUCGUGUUUUGAAUGAAACACUAAACACUCGAUUUAAAAAUUAAAAAAAUCAGAAAAACGCUAUAAAAAUGAGUAAUUCAAGUAUUUAUUAAAACCUGUAAAUAUUAAGGAAGGGGAUCUCCAUCCCACGAGGCCAUGACUCAUUUCCUAAAAAUUUGAGCACGUGCAAGGAAACACUAAGGAAACACGACACCGCGCAGUUUUGUUUUUGAAUAUUUUUGAAUUGAAUUGAAUUCUUUAUUUCUUUCUGUCUGACGUAGAAAGGUGAAAAUAAGAUUUCAAUUCGACUUCAAAUGGUUUACUGAAAUUCUCAAUCCUGCCAUCGCCAUCCUAAUCCUGCUGGGAGUUCGUAGUGAAGCAGGUAUCUCUUUUGGAUACAUUUUACGUUCUUCGUUGUGUCGAAGAAAUACAAUACUUGCUCAACUAAUAUUAGUACUAUACUUACUAUUCCUAUUUUCCUACGAGAUGGCCGGUUAUUCUGAAGAAAAUUGACGCAUGAAAGGAAUAUCUCAGCUGCCUUUUCAACGACAAAGAACUACAAUCAGAUAUUUUCCUAGGUCGUGUUGUGUUCCAAUACGUGCUCAACUAAUAUUAGUAGUACCUACCUACCUACUAUUCGUAUUUCCCUACGAGAUGACCGGUUAUUUUGAAGAAAAUUGACGCAUGAAAAUCAGAUGGUAAACAUAAAUAUCAUGGAAACAGGAGCAAUUGAAAGGUUAUUAAAACCUCAAGGACUUGCGACAGAUUUUAGUCUUGUGACAGAUAUUAGACGUCCUGCUAAGCAUACUUGCAACCAAGUCUGGUUUCACGACAUAUCAGAAAUAUUUGAAGUUUUCUUAUGUUAUAAUAAGGAUUUGGCCUUCGUAUACCCACCGGGGAGUGGAAAGUCAACCGUCGCGAAAAUUUUUCAGGAGUUUGCGGACUGCAACACGCGAACUUUACACUCUUCGUUCCAGUCUUAUUUUGAGAAAUGCAAAUUGAAAACAGAGAAAAAAGAGUUAUUUGAAGAAUUCUAUCGAAAAUGUAACGUAGUAUUGAUAAGUUUUAAAGACGUGUAUCUCGGAGACACAACAUUAUACUCAGCGAAGGAAAUUAAGGAACAGUAUACGAACAUGAUGAGUGCCAUUGCGAACAAUGCCUGGAGUCAGCCUGAGGUGUUUAACAAAUAUUACCUGGAUGUUGAGAGUGCCGCUCUCAGUAAAGACCCGUCGAGUUAUUUUUGUUCACUGUCGAUGUUAUAUUCGCGUUUAAGUACUUGCAAAAUCGACAAAAAAUAUCAAAAAGGAUUUAUUCUAUAUGAUUCCAUCGAUUGCAUGUACAAUGAAAUCGCGAAAAUUUCGUCGUUUGAACUAAGAAAAGAGCUUUUAUCAGACUUCACGAGAUUAUUUAAUUUGAACACAAGAAAUGUAAAGAGCAUUUUUUUUGGCGUUAGUCCGUUUUUCUUCACUGAUUACUUGAAACUUGGUGCAGGCAUGUUUUCAAUUGUCCCUUCUGCAUCGAAUAUGUAUACGUACAACGAUGAAGAACGUUUGCGAUUGCGAAGAUAUCACGACAUAGCUUUAAACACUUUUUCGUAUUCGGAAGACGAUAUUAGAAAAACGUGCGAAGAUAUUAACGAAUGUUGUGAAACAGAUGAAUCUUUUAAAAAAAUAGAAAUCGAUAAGAUGAUUGCUUUAUGUAAAGAAAUCGGAGAAUACGAAGUAGACGGCGUGAAAAUUAUGAAUCCAUAUUUAGUGGUUUCAUACAUAUGGAGUUUCAUAAAUCGGGAACCUUACACGUUGGAUGUUAGCCCUCUUAGCCUAUGGUACAAGUACGAUUGCACAAUAUCAACUAGCAUAACAACAACGUACGGUUGCGAAAUGCUACAAGAGCUACAAGAUGUAGUGAAUAAACCAACGAUUGUCAAGAAUUUCGAUAUGUUCGCUUCUUUUUCGAGUAUUAUGGGCGAAUCCGUCUUACCAUUAUUCGUCCAUGGUGGCUACUUAUCAGUUAAUUCAACGUCGAUGAGCAGCAAUGAAGGAGGAGAAAAACAUUUCGAGUUGAAAGUGGCGAACAAAAGCAUGAAAAUUAUAUUGGAGUAUUCGCUUAAUGUCUUAUGGAAACAGUGGUGGUACUUAAGAACGUUGAAAUACGAUCAAUCUUCUUCCACUAGUACUUCGCGCGCAAAAAGAAAAAGAAAGUAAUUUUUUUAAAAAUAAAAUAUAUCAGGGACGAAGAUUUUGGUACUUUCGAUUGUGCUACGCUUAGAAUUAUUGCCUUAUUUUUCAUACGAUUAUUCAAAGUGUAAUUCGUGUCUAUUUCUGUUUUUUUUUUUUAUUAUUAUUAUUUGUGUAUUUUGAAUAUUCUAUACUUAGAGUUAUCGUAUUAAGGCUGAUUUUGUUCAUUUUUCCUAUGAUUAAAAACGAGUGUAAUUCGUGA